UUUUGCCAUGCACGACCUCGCCUGAAGGAUGAUAGCACUGGCAUGUUUCAUCCGUUCUGUGGCAAGACAUGUGCCACUUUUGCGAAAGCACAUGUAACCCCUCCGUCUGGUACAGAGCAGUACUGCCUCUACUGCAAUAGGAGACCGCGUUACAAAGAGCCUGGUAGUGGUAUACUGCACCCUUUCUGUGGCAAGGGUUGUGCCACGAUGGCCAAGAACGCUGGAGCAAACCUAACCGCUGGAUCGCCUCCUCCUGUCAAUACUUCCUGCCUCCAAUGCAGACGGCGAACGAAGCAGCCUGACUCCCAUUAUUGUUCAAGGACGUGCCACAAUCAGGGGGAGUCUGCUGCUCCAGGUAUUCUGGAAAUCCCAGGAGACCAUAUCACCUUCCGUAGCGUCGUGGACCAAUUCAUGAAUUCAUGGAAGCAUGCCACAUUGUGUCCAUCUGUCAAACGAGUUUAUCUCGUUGUCUCUACCAAGGUUAAUUUACAGAUUUACCGCCAGUACCUGGACGAAGUUGAAAGUCGAGGCCAGUUCAAAGCUAAGGGUAAGACUCCCGGUAACGAGAAUCGGCGAUGGCAUGGAACCUUGAGAGCAUGCAAUCUCGGUGAUGACCCAAGUUACACGGCUCUCUGUUACGGUGCAAACUGCAGUGUUUGUGGUAUCAUCAAAUCGUCGUAUGACAUCCAGGCAUACAUGAAGGGUACCGGCUGGGGAAGAUUUGGGAAAGGUAUAUAUACCUCUGCAACAUCGUCGAAGUCCGAUGCAUAUGCUCGACGUGCGGGAUCUACUCCUUCGCCGUACAAGGCGAUGUUUCUCAACAAAGUCGUUGUUGGUAAUGGAUACAAGGUUAAGCACGACAUGCCCUCAUUUACGGCACCGCCGGCGGGCUAUGACUCGGUUCUGGCAGAAGUUGGUGGAAGUUUGAACUAUGACGAACUCGUUGUGUAUACGGACAAGGCGAUCCGUCCGUCGUACCUCGUUUUGUACGAUGCCUAAAUGCAGACUCCAAAGAUCUUGGCUCCGGCUUUAGAAAGGUCUAUGCGAUGUUAGUAGACCUAUUUCGACUACAACGGAGGCGACCCUCCUCGAGCAAAGCGAAUCGAUCGUGAAUGGAAAUAUUGUAGCUAUAAAGGUCACUCUGCCCGGAUCUGCGUAAGCGUCGGGAGGGUAAUGACGUGAACCGAACCGGUACACAAGUGCGUUUCGGGUGAGACUUACGAGGAAGAACAAAACCAAAGUGAUCAUUCGUGACAUCGAAAACGAAUUAUCGAGGAUACACUUCUGUAUGUCAAUAAGUAAUAAC